CUGCGAUCUCCGCCACUGGUCGGGCGAGUCGGUGGGUGCGACGCCGCUGGGUUAUCCCGACUUACUCGAUUAGGGUCUCUACUAACAGCAAAGCAAGAUGCAGUUGCUUUCUCUUCUUCUCUUGUCCCUCGUGGGCAUCGUUGCUGCCGUCAAGCGUCCCUACGACCUCCGUGUUACAGGAUACACCGAGAAGAACGCCUCCGUCUCCAUUGAGUGGAAAGACAGAGAGGGCCACUGGAAGGCACUAGCCCGAAUUCACACCGACGGCUACGAAGACAGACAGGAGGAGGUGCUUGUUGCGCCCAAUCUCUAUGAAUGGCAGGCAUUAUACCUGGCGCCACAUACAAGUUCAGCGUCGAAGGCGAGAACAGCAAUGGCUACUCUGGAUGUACUGACCUCAAUUGGAUGGCUCCGCCACCCGCUGUCCCUCCUCUUGACUGGACAAGAACCAAUGUCACUGGCCCUGGAGCUGCUGCUUCGCCCCCCGCCGGUGUCGCCUUUGCGAGCAGACUGCCUACAACCAUGGAGUUUUGGUAUAUCGCGACGAUGGCUCGGUCCAGGUUCAAUGGUGGGGAGACAACCAGUGGCAUCCGUAUCAGCUUGCUCCCCCGGCUCGGCAUCCCCUACUAGUGAUAUUACUGCGCUGUCAGGCUACUGGGACCAAAUGGAAGUUUGGUUCGUCGCACCCAAUGGCGCCCUGGUGGACUACUCGUGGACGCAGGGCCAGCCUUGGCAAUCGGCAUAUCGUGCCCCGGCUGGUAGUGCCUCGACAUCUACCCAGAUUGCUGCGGUGUCUUUGAACUACAAGCAUAUCGAGAUUUGGUUCGUGACACCCAACGGCGGCGUGAUGGACUACUAUUUCUCGGAGGAGAAGGGCCGGAACUCGUGGCAGUUCAUCCCCGAUGGUGUUGUGUCUCAGGACGCUGGUCUUUCUGCUGUCUCGCGCGCCGACUAUACCAUGGAAGUCUAUGUGACUCGCAAGGACGGUAGCAUUCAUGGACACUACUGGUACAGCGGCCAAGGCUGGAAAGACAAUGAGCUUUCACCACCUGGAACUGCUGCGCUGGCAGGCAGAAUGAAGAUUAUUUCUCGCGCGUCGAACACCAUGGAGCUGUGGUUCAUUGGGAGUGAUGGCUCCAUCAAGGACUUUUGGUGGCAGGAGGAGCAUCCUUAGUCGACGUUCCA